GUUGGGCCGUGCGCCCAGCUGAACUACGGACCCUGACCCGCUAUUAUAAAUAGUGAAACGCAGGGCGACCUAGCUUCCAGUUGUCAGCAGGACAGGCCAUAAGCGACUUCGUGCCACCAAUCUCUGUCGCGUGAUGAGCGUCCGCCAGUAAUUACGAGGAGCGUUGUUUACCGCGGCUCCGUCAUGGGCGCGCACGGGCUCAGCGCCUGACGGGCACCGCUCGGGGGUUGACAGCAGCCGGCCGUGACGCAACGCCGCCGCCGGCCGCGUAUAUAUUGGCGCCGGGACGCGACACCGCCGCCGCAGACCUCCGCCGCCAGCCGUUACCACCACAUCGGCCACCAACAGACGCCGCCGCCAUGAAGCCCGCAGCAGCACUUGUCGCCGCCACCCUUCUCAUCGCCGUCAUCCUGUUCCACAGAGCGGAAGCCAACCCAAUAUCCCGGUCUUGCGAAGGGGCUAACUGUGUCGUCGAUCUGACACGUUGCGAAUACGGUGAAGUGACGGACUUCUUCGGACGCAAAGUCUGCGCCAAGGGUCCUAGCGAGCAUUGCAACGACUUCGUCAAGUGCGGGGACGGCCUGCGGUGCAACUGCGGCCGCUGCACCGGCUGCUCGAUGCACACGCUCCAGUGCUACUCCGACUUCAGCACCCCGACCACCUGUCCAUAGGCGGCGCGGCGUGGCGCGGCGCGGCGUCUUCUCCGGCUGGCAUCAGUAUUACAGGGGGCGCCGGCGGUGACACAGCCCACCCCUCGCCGACGCCCCUGCUUCGUUCCUGUUUUGUCACGCGAUCUCAAUCUAGUCUAUUUAUUUUGUACAGUGCCGUUUGUGUUCUACGAAGUAGACUUGCGUUUUGUCUUUCCCAUUUGUUUAAGUUCCAGUAAAAGUGCUGUUUAUUUGGUUGCGUCAUGUAACUGUCCUGCUGUGUGUAUCACAUUGAUACCCGACUGCCUCUGAAUCACUGACUGAAUAAAAAAUUAUAUUUUGAAGCAACGAAA